UUUUUUUUUUUUCAUCAUCAAUUUAUUUACAUACAACCCUUAUCCAUAGUUAUCUAUUCAUUUAAAAAAAAAAAAGUAAAAACCUGUUAAAUAAAAAAAUAUUAAUCCAUCUUACUCUGUCUCUCUUGAUUUCGAUUCUCAAGACUGCUCAAGACUCAAGAGUGUAUAUCUAUACCGAUAAUAAAAAAUAAUAAAUAAAUCAAUGUGCUGCAUGUAUGUACAUAUUGAGCUAAUAUAAUACAUAUUUGCUUGCGUGUGUGUGUGUGUGUGUGUGUAUAUGUGUAGAGACUACAUGUAUAUAUUUACUUAUUUAUUUUAUACAGCAUCAAUAUAAAUUAUAAUUUUUUAUAAAUAAGUAAAAUCCACUAUACAUAUCUACCUAUAUAUUAUUAUUUUAUACAUGUGCUGAGGAUUUUUGUGUGAAUUUGAAAGGUGAUUAUAAAAAGUGACAACAAUUAGCUUCAAACGUGUACGAGUUGAUAGCAACAUUACGCCGAAGCGAGCUAAAAUGAGUGACGAGCAGACAACAAUGGAGCCGCCUCAAGCACCGCAGUUGUCAACAAAUGACAUUGAAAAGCUAGAGGAGGCUAAACUCAAGGCAAAAUUUCCAAACACAGGUGGUCGUCCAAUUAGUGGUCAUUCAGCAUUUUUACAAAAAAGACUUGCAAAAGGGCAAAAAUUUUUUGACUCUGGAGAUUAUCAAAUGGCUAAACAAAAACAAGCAGCCAAACCAAAACCAACUGGAGUUUUACCAACUGGUGAUGCUAUUCCAACUCCAGAAACAGUUCCACAAAGAAAAACAUCAAUUAUUCAACAAAAAUUUAAUUCUUCAUCAACUACUUCAUCAUCAUCAUAAUUAAAUCUAGUUUAUUAUUUUUUUUUUCAUUCUUUUUCUUAUUAUUAUUUUGAAUGUCGUUUAAUUUUAUUAAAUCAUCAGUCUAUUUAAAAUUUACACGACAGUUAGCGUCAUUUAAUAUUUACAUUAUUAUUAGAUAAUAUAAUUAAUAAUUAUCACCAGUGCUCGAAAUAAAUAAAUAAAUGUUGUUAUGGAUCUGUAUUCAUUCAAUAAAUUUCAUCAGUAACUUUAAUAAUUUUUUUUUUUUGCUUAUGAUAUUAACUAUACUGUAAUUUAUUUUUAUGAUAAUGUUUCAAAACACUGAUGAUAAUAAAUAAUGAAAUAAAAAAUAAAAAAAAAGGCAAAUAGUAAAAAAUAACUUGUAUGCUACUCACAUGAUAUUUAAAUUUACAAAUAAAAUAUUCAAAGUGUUGAUUAUUUAUUUAUUGUCUCAAUGAGAAUGAAUAUUUAUUUUUAUAUGAAAUAUAUAAUAAUGAUGUAAAUUGAUUGAAAGAAAAUAAAUCAUAAUAUUAUGGAU